GUAAAGGGCCAGCACCUCGUCGUAGUCGUGGUUUCCUUCCAUAGGAAUUCUCUACCUAUAUAAACCCAUCGACCCCCUCUGAAUCGAGUUUCUAACUUGCAAUUCUUUUUUUUCGACUUCAACUCCAUCAACAGUCCAAACCCAUUACCAACUUACUCUCCUAAGUCUAUCAUCGUUCUGAAUACCCGCCUACCUAGGUGUACAUCCCUUGCCCUAGGUAGUAUAACCUAUACACGCUUACAAGUCCUCUCCCCGAUUGUGCCCUCUCAUCUUCAAUAGCCUGUAGCCAUGACUGCCAGCCACUCUGGCAGACAUGCAUCCGCUACGAACAAGAACAAGCAAACCGUGGCGGAUGACGACUUGCAGAUGUUGAAGCACACCAGGGAUCUGCUCUACACGCGACCACAGUCUCCCGGAGGCCGCGCUCUCUACCAAAGCUUGAGCGAGGAGUACGGUCGCUGGCAACACUACCUACAACAACGCCAAGCGACCGAUGCUGCUGCUUCUGCCACCACCGCCACUAAAAACGCCGACUCGGCAGCAAGUGACGAUGACGACGAGCACCGGCCCGAUGCCGCCCAGCUGCAACGGCUCCGCAGCUCCCUCAUGCGCCUCCUCGCUCUCGAAGGUCAGUACCUGAGCCAGCUCGACCACUUCCAGUGCCUGCACUUGGAGCGCUACUUUUACAUCUACUGGAAGAAGACGUACGUGUCGGAGCACGCGCUGGAAGAGUUCGCCCCGACCGGACUGCUGGACGCCUGCGCCCCGAUCGAGAAGCAAUACUGGUACUUCUGGUUCCUGAAGAUGCGGCAGGAGCUGUCCCAGGGUCUCGGUCCCGGUCUCGGUCUGGAGAACGACGCCGGUGCUGGCGCUUCUGCAGGCGGGCCUCUCACCUUGCACGAGCAGUUCAAGAACUUCUGUGACUUGGUGGGAGAGCCUGUGGCCGAGAACGCCUUGUACGGGCUUGCUAAUUACAUGGACUGGAACCCCUGCGACCCAGCCAUCGUCUGGGACGGCGCGAUAACCCCCAACAUGCCCAGCGUGCUGGUCACCCGGCAGACGGCCAUCGACGAUCUCAAGAUGGUGCGAGUCCGGCUCCCAGCCCGGUACGCGGGCAUAUUCCACCACGUUGAGCUGGCCAUCAAGGCGUUGCUGGAGAUCGAGUUCGGCGUCUACGUGGAGGAUGACGGAAGCGAGGUUGAGAUAAGCUGA